AUGAAUUCACAGUGGACCCUAAUCUCCUUACUCUUCUUCACUUCCGCCAUAGCCGAAUCCUUCAAGAACCUCGAUUCUCAUCCAAAAUUCCCUUGUAAACCUCCCCAUUUCAGCUCCUACCCCUUCUGCAACGUCUCUCUACCCGUAAGACAGCGAGCUCUUUCUCUCGUCUCACUCCUUACGCUCCAGGAGAAGAUCGGUCAGCUCUCCAACACGGCCGCUUCCGUCCCUCGCCUCGGUAUACCUCCGUACGAGUGGUGGUCGGAGUCCUUACACGGGAUCGCCGAUAACGGUCCCGGGGUCUCUUUCAACGGCUCAAUCUCAGCCGCUACCAGCUUUCCUCAGGUAAUCGUAUCCGCCGCGUCGUUCAACAGAACGCUAUGGUACGAGAUCGGAUCUGCUGUUGCGGUGGAAGCUCGGGCUAUGUACAACGCCGGUCAAGCUGGGUUGACUUUCUGGGCUCCGAACAUAAACGUGUUUAGGGAUCCUAGAUACGACUUCAAUGCUGUGGUAACCGAACAGGACAUGGAAGACACAUAUCAGCCCCCAUUUCAGAGUUGUAUAAGAGAUGGUAAAGCUAGCUGUUUGAUGUGUUCAUAUAAUGCUGUUAACGGAAUACCUGCUUGUGCACGAGAAGACCUAUUACAGAAAGCUCGAGUUGAAUGGGGAUUUGAAGGGUACAUUACAUCAGACUGUGAUGCUGUGGCAACCAUUUUUGAUUACCAAGGAUACACAAAGUCAGCUGAGGAAGCUGUUGCUGAUGCCAUAAAAGCAGGGGUGGAUAUCAAUUGCGGAACCUACAUGCUUCGGAACACACGAUCUGCGAUCGAGAAAGGGAAGGUGAGCGAAGAACAAUUAGACCAAGCUAUGCUAAAUCUCUUCGCUGUUCAACUUCGUCUUGGACUUUUUGAUGGUGAUCCAAGAGAAGGACUUUACGGGAAGCUAGGAUCGCAUGACAUCUGUAGCUCAGGCCACAUGAAAUUGGCAUUGGAAGCAGCAAGACAAGGCAUUGUGCUUCUCAAAAAUGAUCACAAGCUGUUGCCUUUGAACAGAAAACAUGUUUCGUCUUUAGCAAUCAUUGGUCCAAUGGCGAACAAUAUAAGCAACAUGGGUGGCACUUACACAGGAAAGCCGUGUCAACGAAAGACUCUGUUCACGGAGCUUCUGGAGUAUGUAAAGAAGACAUCUUAUGCGUCUGGUUGCUCUGACGUGUCUUGUGAGUCUAGUACCGGAUUUAGAGAAGCCGUUGCCACAGCCGAGGGAUCAGAUUUUGUCAUCGUUGUUGCAGGAUUAGAUCUCACUCAAGAAACAGAGGAUAAGGAUCGAGUUAGUCUUUCUUUGCCUGGUAAACAGAAAGAUCUCGUGUCUUCCGUUGCAGCUGCGAGCAAAAAACCGGUGAUUCUAGUUCUAACCGGUGGAGGACCAGUGGAUGUAACGUUUGCUAAAACCGACCCGAAAAUUGGAAGCAUCAUCUGGAUAGGUUAUCCAGGUGAAACCGGUGGACAAGCACUCGCUGAAAUCAUAUUUGGAGACUUCAAUCCAGGUGGAAGAUUACCGAUGACGUGGUAUCCCGAGUCAUUCACCAAGGUUCCAAUGUCGGAUAUGCACAUGAGAGCCGAUUCAUCUCGUGGAUAUCCCGGAAGAACAUACAGAUUCUAUACCGGGCCUCAGGUUUACGGAUUUGGAACCGGUUUAAGUUACACCACGUUUGAUUACAAGAUGAUAUCAGCACCAGUCAGGCUUAGCUUAUUAAAACUCCUUCCACAGCCUUCUCACAAGAAACUGCUACUCCAAGACGGAGAAAAGCAGCUCCGAUACUUACGGCUGGAUGAUCUGGCGGUUAACUCUUGUGAAUCGCUCCGGUUUAAUGUGCGGUAUAGCGUGACCAAUACCGGAGAAAUGGACGGUAGUGAUGUUUUGAUGUUGUUCUCGAGAAUGCCUCGGGUUUUGUCUGGUGUUCCGGAGAAACAGCUGAUUGGUUUUGAUCGUGUCCAUGUUCGUUCCAAUGAGACGAUGGAAACACUGUUCGUGAUUGAUCCUUGCAAGCAGCUUAGCGUUGCGAAUGAUGUCGGGAAGAGAGUGAUUCCUCUGGGGACUCAUGACUUGUUCUUGGGGGAAUUACAACAUUCGCUGUCUCUUGAAUUUUAAGGAUUGUUUUUGUCUCUUGUCUUUUUAAGGAACUGUAAUCCGAAACAGGAAAUAAUAAGUGUAAUUCCCCUUCUAGAGAUAGAAAAAGCCACAUCAGCUAAGGGAGUGUGAGUGACACGAAGUGUUGCAACGCGUGUGAUGAUGGAGAGAUUAUCGCAUCUGUAGACUGUAGAGGGUGAGCUGUCGUGGGUCCCACGUUUUUCUGGGAAUUGGUCCCCGCAUCUGUUAUGUUUUGGGAUGGACGCAACCGUUACUUAUAUAACAUCCAGCGACUCAUUUAUUAUUUUAUUUUCGGAUAUGACCUCCCUUUUCCCUGUAUUUAAAUGUUCAUGUCACACAGGUACCUGACACCUCAGCUUUUGUAGAAGGAAGUGUUUUUUUUUUAACAAGGA